CGUCAGUGUGUGCAGCCGUAAACGGUCCGACUACCACUAUCAACACCGUGAAAGUUAGCUCAACUAUGAAUGCACCUGGAACAACAGAUUAAUCUACUCGUUAACUGAGACAUGGAGGAGCUGACAACUGCUGUUCGGCAGCAACAUAAAUUCAGUGUUGACAGACUUCAAAGAUAUCUGUCUGUCAAGGCACGGGUGUCAAAUAAUGACACACUCACUAUCAGACAGUACAGCGCUGGGCAAUCAAACCCAACCUUCCUAAUCCAAACACCCUCAAACAGCUAUGUUCUCAGGAAGAAACCCCCUGGUGAGCUGAUGCCAGGAGCUCACAAGGUGGACAGGGAGUAUCGGGUGCAGAAGGCCCUUUUCUCUGCUGGCUUCCCUGUACCUCAGCCUCUCUUGCACUGCACUGAUGUUGAGAUCAUUGGAACAGAGUUCUACUUAAUGGAGCAUGUGAGGGGGCGUAUAUUCAGGGAUAUUCGUCUCCCUGAAGUGAGCCCAGCAGAGAGAACAGCUCUAUAUGUGGCUGCAGUGGAAGCAUUGGCAAAGCUACAUUCACUGGACCUGGCAUCACUGAACCUCGAAGGGUAUGGAAAAGGAUCAGGUUACUGCAAGAGACAAGUGUCCACCUGGACAAAGCAGUACACUGCAACAGCCCACAGAGACAUUCCAGCCAUGAACGAACUGUCUGAUUGGUUGAUGAAGAAUUUGCCAGCCAAUGAUAACGAGGUCACGCUUGUCCAUGGAGAUUUCCGAUUGGACAACUUGAUAUUCCAUCCAAAAGAGGCACGUGUUAUGGCACUGUUGGACUGGGAACUGUCUACCACUGGUCAGCCCUUGGCAGACUUGGCCUACUUCCUCAUGCCUCACUACUGGCCUACAGGCUUGCCCAUUGUCAGCACAAUGGGCAGCUUAAAAGGAAUAGAAGGUAUCCCGACUGUGGAUGACCUGAUCUCCAUUUACUGCCGGUGCCGGGAUAUCCCAUCUGCUUUGCCACAGUGGAAUUUCUACCUGGCCAUGUCUGUCUUUAAAAUGGGAGGAAUUGCUCAGGGGAUCUAUGCACGCCACCUUCUGGGUAAUGCCAGUGCUCCCAAUGCAGCUGAGUUCAGCCAGUGUGUGGAGCCCUUGGCUAAGGUUGCCUUGCAGCUUGCACACAGCAGGUUUGUCACAGGACCAACAAAGGAUGGUUUGUUCCUCCAGACAGCCAAAGGUCAGGCUGUUCUCCAGCAGGUCAAAGACUUCAUGAGACAAUACGUGCUUCCUGCUCAGGAGGAUGUUGCAGAGUACUACUCAAAACACGCUCGGUCUCCACAGAGGUGGCACCCCCCCGAAAUAAUAGAGGAUCUAAAGGUGAAAGCCAGGGAGGCAGGGCUGUGGAACCUAUUCCUGCCUUCGAUCAGUGGUCUCAGUCAGUUGGACUAUGCCUACAUUGCAGAGGAAACUGGACACUGUCUCUUUGCCCCUGAAGUCUUCAACUGCCAGGCUCCUGACACAGGGAAUAUGGAAGUGCUCCACAUGUUUGGCAGUGAGGAGCAGAAGAGAAAAUGGCUGGAGCCUCUGCUCAGAGGAGAGAUACGCUCCUGCUUCUGUAUGACAGAGCCUGAUGUGGCCUCCAGUGAUGCAACCAACAUGGAGUGCUCAAUUCGCAGGGAUGAAGACAACUACGUCAUAAACGGCAAGAAAUGGUGGAGCAGUGGUGCUGGCAAUCCCCAAUGCAAAGUGGCCAUUGUGAUGUGCCGGAGCGGUCCUCAGAAUGUUAGCAGCAGGCAUGGCCAACACAGUAUGAUCCUUGUCCCUAUGGACACACCAGGCGUCAAGCUCGACAGACCGCUCACCGUGUUUGGACAGGAUGAUGCCAUCCACGGUGGCCACUUUGAAGUGCAUUUUGAAAACGUGCGUGUCCCUGCCUCCAACAUUAUUCUGGGAGAGGGCAGGGGAUUUGAGAUUGCCCAGGGUCGUCUGGGGCCGGGCAGGCUGCACCACUGUAUGAGGGCUGUUGGUGUGGCCGAGCUGGCACUGGAGCUGCUCUGCCAGCGGGCUACCUCCAGGCGCACAUUUGGAAAGAAACUGUACCAACAUGUAUGUGAACAUAUUGCUAUGAUUAAGGUGGCAGCAGCCAGAAUGGCGUGUAAGGUGGUGGACUGUGCUAUACAGGUUUACGGAGGCGCAGGUGUGUCUGGAGACGUUCCACUCGCACAGUUAUAUUCAUAUGUGCGGACUCUACGCAUUGCUGAUGGACCAGAUGAGGUGCACCUCUCCUCCAUUGCUCAUUUGGAACUGAGGGAUCAACUAAAGAAGGCACAGGCCAAGCUGUAAACUGACAUCACAUGGCCACAGCUGUACUGCUUUUCCAGUUUCCAUUUACUAUCUGCUGGGAAGAAAGCUGAUAAGCUUUUUGUGAAAUUGUAAUUAAAUAUCUUAAAAGUAAAUAAAUUACUAAUACACAUUUGUA